UGUUAGCAUUCUCUGUUAGUGUUAGUACCCUCUGCUCUGCGUAGCAGAUUUGGUUGGCUUCAUGGCUCCCAAGCGGCGUAGUAGUGGCAAGGUGGUCGGCUCCGUGGUGAAGACCAAGGUGGUGCAGGAGACCGUGGAGGUCACCACCGCCAUUGUCGCCGAUGGUGAGCCGGAGCAGCAGCUGGCUCCAGGGGCUCUGGCCCUGGCACCCCGCACCGGGGAGGUCUCGCGCUCCAAGGUGGUGCACGUCGAGAUCACUACUCCGGACAGCGACAACACCACCGGCCGCUCCAGUGCGAAGCAGCAGCCCACCGCCAAGAGAGGCCGUGGUGGCCGGCGCGAGGAGGAGAAGCCGCCGGCUCCUGCUGAAGAAGCCGCACAAGAACCACCACCGCAGAGUCUGGAGACCCAGGAGCCCAACGAGGAGGAGGAGGAGGAGGACGUGGACGUCAGCAAGAAGAGGAGGAAGCCGCCGCCGCAGCAGCGGCGGCGAGAUGAGGAGGAGCCGGAGACCCCGCGGGUGGCGUCGGAGAGGAAAACAGCAGGAACGAAGACGACGCCGCAGAAGCAGAAGAAGCGGGGCGGUGGAGGCGGCGGCGGCGGCAAGGCGAAGACCGGGCGGCGGAGGCGGCUGGGCGAGGCGAGCCCGGGCGGCGACGCCGGCAUGGGCGGCAUGGGCGGGUACAAGCGGUACGUGUGGCGGGUGCUGAAGCAGGUGCACCCGGAGCUGGGCGUGUCCGGGCACGCGAUGCGGGUGCUGGACAUGAUGAUGGCGGACAUGUUCGAGCGCCUGGCGGACGAGGCGGCGCGGCUGUCCAAGGCCGCGGGGAGGGCCACGCUCAGCUCCCGCGAGGUGCAGAGCGCCGUCAGGCUCGUGCUCCCAGGGGAGCUCGGCAGGCACGCCAUGUCCGAGGGCACCAAGGCCAUCUCAAAGUACAUGUCCUACGACGACGCCUAGGCCUAGCUAGUAGCUGACAUGCAUGUUUUAGCUAGUCAUGGAUGCCCACCGUGCACCGCGCCGUCGCCGGCGCCGCGUCGUACCUAGCAGUCGAGUUGCACGUAGUCUCAAGUGCUUAGUUGGAAGCGUAAUACUCCUAUGUACGUAGGUGUCUGUACGUACCAGGACCUAGCUACAGGUAGUCGGUUUGUAUCAGUACUGUAUGUCUUGUUGUUUUAAUUAA